AUAACAAUUUGGCAUAAAUAUUGAUUAUUUAUUGAAAACAAAAAAUGAUUUUUUUAUUUAGUUAGUUGUAGUAGUUGAAACAAGCCAAAACAACAUGAACUGUAAAGAAAAAUUAAAACAAAUUCCCAAAAUGAUAUUCUAUGUGAUUUUUGUGGGAGUAUCGGUGCCAUACUAUAUACAAUUAUCGAAAGGUUUAUACAAUAAUUUCUUUGCCACAAAUAUAACAUUCAAUUUGGAUACAUUAUAUCUCAAUUGGAAUACCUCAUUUCCGGCUGUAACCAUAUGUGAACUAUAUAAUGGUGAAAAAGUAUGGGAUUUAAGUGAACAAUAUUUUGGUGCCGAACAUGAUAUGCGUUUGGAUGAUGUAGUGGGAGAAAUUGUGUAUUUUCAUGGUAUCUGUACUUCAUGUGAUAUAUGUGAAAAUCAAAAUUUAACUUGCCCACAAAAUUUUACUCAACUGUUGAAACAGUUUCGUACCAAUUGCACUGAUUUAAUUAUAAAUUGUAAAUAUCAAAAUAUUUUCUUUGAUUGUUGUGAUGAAUUUUAUCCUAUACAUACGGAAUAUGGUGUUUGUUAUGCCUUUAAUUCCAAUCAAGCAAGAAAGAAGUACGAUGUCGAAUAUGCCAGUAAUCGUAUAGUGGGUGUAGGUUAUUUAACUUUUGAGGUAACGGCCGAUGUUCAACUAUAUGUUCAUUCUCCCGUUGAAAUACCCUUUCAAAGUGCCGAUGGCAUGAUAAAGGAAACAAUUUUAUUGGGCUCCAAUAAGGAACUUGUUAUCAAUGCCAUGGAGGUGUAUAAUCAUCCGAAUUUAAAUAAAAUCAAUUAUGAAGAAAGGAGAUGCCGUUUUCUACAUGAACUUACAGUUCUGGGUAAAGAAUUAAAAUUGUACGAAUUUUAUAGUUUCUCAACAUGUACAGUGGAAUGUGUUUUUGCUAAACAUUUAAGAUUGUGUAAUUGUAGCAAUCAUUUUUUGGUUAAAGAAGGUUUGUUAUAUGAUUUCUUUUUAACAAAAUAGAUUUAAAUAUUUUAUAUUUGCUUUUAAGAUUCACCCUAUCAAAUGUGUGAUUAUGAAGGUUUAUUAUGCCUAACGGAUUAUUUUUACGACAUAUCGGAAGAACGUAGACUAUGUGACUGUAUGAGUCCUUGCGAUGAACCCGAAUAUAAUAUUAUCUAUAAUUCAGCUGAUAAUAUAAAAAAGAACUCGGAUAUAACUAAAAUUAAAAUAUCACUAGCAGAAUUGCCAACAACUCGUUAUGUGAGAAGAGUUAAUAAAACAAAUCUAGAUUUAAUGAUUUCUAUAGGAGGUUUGGCCGGAUUAUUUUUCAAUGCAUCAUUGAUACGUAUUGUGGAAUUGAUAUUUUUAAUAUUAGAUUAUAAUUGGAAAUCAUGGAAGAAAUGUUAAUGAUUUAUGUAUUUUAUUUUAUAUUUCUUAUAUUAAAAUUAACAUUAGCUCAAUUGUUAUAAUUUUAAGUUAAACAAACAAAACAGAAACUUCAUUUUAUG